AUGGCGCCUUCACAAAAGCCAGAGGACAUCGAGACGCGCUCGGUGAUCUCUAUGCAGGAAUUGGAUCCGUCGCCUGUCCAGGAUGAGUUCCCGGACAUCGAGAGCGGCGAAUAUGUCCCCAAGCCGCGAGACUCCCAAUCGCAGCAACAGGCCACACCUGGUCGCAGCGGGAUUUCGAUCCGCGGCUUUGGUCUCCGCGGCCACAACUGGGAUUCGUGGUUGUCUGCGCUCCAAAAAUACUCGACAUACCCGCCUACAUUCUUCUUUGCACUCCAUUUCGCCAACACCUCGCUUAUCCCCCUCGCAACUCGUUCCGUCGCCGACAGUGAAAACUACUUGCUCCUGACGCGGCCCGUCUACCAGUCUCCGUCUCUCGAGCAUGUGGUGCUGACUAUUCCCAUCCUGGCCCACAUCGCGUCGGGCGUCGCCCUGCGGAAUAUUCGCUCGUCGCGGCGCGCUCGGCUCUACGGCGCGGAGACCCGGUCCCAGCGGUACAUGCUGAGCUUCUGGCCUCGCAUGAGCUUGCAGGCCCGCCUGGGAUAUUUUCUCGCCCCCCUGAUCGGCACCCACGUCCUGGUGAACCGAGUGACGCCGUUGAUCGCAGACGGUGGCAGUUCGGGCGUCGGUCUCGGGUACGUGGCGCACGGGUUCGCGCGGAGCCCCGUGUUUUGGAAUAUCUACUACCUGCUGUUUGUCGCCGUGGGCGUGUGGCAUAUCGUUGGCGGUUGGGCUGCCUGGAUGGGAUGGAGGGUUACGACGGCUCGCAAAGAGCUGCGGAACAAGAAGGGCUCGUUGGAGGGAUACCUGGGAUAUCCUGAGAAUGAGCAACGUGCUAAGAAGCAGAAAAAGAUGUGGUGGGUGGUGAACGGCAUCGCCGCUGUCGGAGCGUCCAUCUGGCUUGCUGGAGCGCUGGGCAUCAUCGGCCGCGCAGGACAGGGCACCGGAUGGGAGGCCAGCAGCUGGAAUGAAAUCUAUAGCCAUGUGCCCGUCAUCGGCGCCUGGUUAUUAUCAACGUUGGUUGACUACAUGGUUACCACCUUAAAGCGAGUAUAUAAGGCUGCCACCACGUCCGACUACAUCCUCGGAGCCGCUCGUCUUCACGAACACACUGGCCCCUUCGAGCCGAUGCGCUUGAAUCCGUGGCCUCUGUAUCGUCUGUUCACAAUCCGCGCCAUCUCCGGACUCGCGAGACCCACUGCUCGAUAUCCGCACGUCGACAAUUUUCCCCGCGGUCAGUUCCAGCCAUCGCCCUUUCGCAGCUGCUCGUCGCAAUCCAGAAGAAUGGAGGAAUCGCCGUCUGCCCCUGUGCCGGAGCAAUUGGUCCAGCAUGAGGGUAAAGAAUACAGAGUCGUCAAAGAAGGUCUUGCGUGCAUCCUCAACCCGGCCUCACAGGCUGCGGCCUCGGAGGCGACCAGAAAAGACCUCAAGGAGGACGACGAACUGCAGUCCGUGUUCUACAACCCCAUCCAGCAGUUCAACCGGGAUCUGAGCGUCCUCGCGGUCCGCGUCCAUGGCGAACAUGUGCAGGCGUUGAAGAAGCGCAAUGCCGAGAGGAAAAAGCGAAGGGCAGCGGAGAAGGGCGCCGCGAAGGGCAAGAAGCGCAAGAGAGAUGAGCAGGGAGAGGCUGAGCAGGAAUCCAAGGCUGAAGGCGAGGAAGCCAACCACGCGACUAACGGAAACGAGCCAACGCCCGCAUCGAAUCCCGAGCCCAGCACUCCACCGUCGUUCACGGUUCUCGAUGCCUUGUCUGCCACGGGACUGCGUGCGCUCCGCUAUGCCUCCGAGAUUCCAUUCGUCACUCGCGUCGUCGCCAACGACCUUUCUGCUCCGGCGAUUGAGUCGAUGAAAAUGAAUAUCAGAUACAACAAGCUCGAAAAGCUCGUGCAGCCCAACAAUGGGGACGCGCGGGCCUACAUGUACAACGUCAACCCGUCCGCCUCCCAGGAUGGCGGCGUGUACACGGGCAAGUUCGAUGUCAUCGACCUCGACCCGUACGGCACGGCCUCGCCGUUCAUAGACGCGACCCUCAACGCGGUCAAGGACGGCGGCAUGCUGUGCGUGACCUGCACCGACGCGGGCGUCUGGGCGUCCAACGGGUAUCCCGAGAAGGCCUUUUCGCUGUACGGCGGCGUCCCCAUCAAGGGCUCGCAUUCGCACGAGGGCGGCCUGCGGCUGAUCCUGCACGCGCUCGCCACCUCUGCGGCCAAGUACGGGCUCGCGAUCGAGCCCCUCCUGUCCCUGUCGAUCGACUUCUACGCCCGCGUGUUCGUCCGCGUCUACCGCUCGCCCGCCGACGUCAAGUUCCUCUCGGGCAAGACCAUGCUCGUCUACAACUGCGACGUGGGCUGCGGCGCGUGGACCACGCAACCGCUUACCGCGACCAAGCAGCGCCUCGACAAGCGCGGGAACCCCUUCUACCACUACGGCUUCACCCAAGGCCCGCUCGCAGACAGACACUGCGCGCAAUGCGGCACCAAAACGCACAUGGCCGGGCCCAUGUGGGCGGGUCCCCUCCACAACAUCGCCUUCAUCCAGCGCAUCCUCGACCUCCUCCCCACGCUGGACCGGAGCGUCUACCACACCAUCCCGCGCAUCGAGGGUAUGCUGACCACCGCGCUCGAGGAAGACUUUACCAUCGGCGACCCGCUCGAGCGCCCCCAAACCCCCGAGCACCAAGACACCGCCGCCACCGAGAACAACGAAUACGCCGCCAUCAUCCCGCGGCUCGACCCCUCCCUCCGCGAACAACACCCCUUCUACUUCACCCUCAGCGCGCUCUCCAAAGUCCUCAAAACCUCCACCAUCCCCUUCGACGCCUUCCGCGGCGCCCUCCGCCGCCUCGGCUACCGCUCCACCCGCAGCCAUACGAAGCCCAACACAGUGCGCACCGACGCCCCCUGGGAGGUCAUCUGGGAGGUCAUGCGCGAAUGGGUCCGCCAGAAAUCCCCCGUCAAAGAGGGCGCCCUCAAACCCGGCUCCGCGGGCGCCGCCAUCAUGGCCAGAGCCCGGGACCGCCAGACCGCGCCCCAGCCCGACACGCCGCUGGAUCUGCUGCGGAGGGAGAUCCUGUCUGCCGUGGACGGCGGGAAGGAUGUGGCCGAUCUGGUUACGAAGGUUGAGGCGGCUUUGUAUCGCUCCGGGUCACGGCAAUCGCUGGGUAAAGAACCGGCUGCUGCUGCUGAUCGGGCGCCGCAGGACUCGGUCCCUGGGGAAGAUGGCCAGCUGGCAAAGGCCAAGUCCGAUGGGAACCCGUCGCCGAACGAGUUGGAGAUUGUGUUUGAUGAGGAUCUCGGGCGCGAGACGUUCAAGAGAAAGCGUCUCGUCCGGUAUCAGAUCAAUCCGCGUGCGAACUGGGGGCCUCUGAACCGGGCGUCCGGGAAACGAUGA